CACCGCAUUGCAGUCCCGCCCGGCGCAGCAUCCUCCCGGACGACCGCGAAGCCCAUUGCGCAGAAGCACACUGGUGCAACGUGCCUGAUGGUUCUUCGCCUGUGCGUUAAUCCUCCUGGCUAAUUCUUUUCUAUGGUCCCUUCUGCAUCGCCUUCUCCUGCUUCGAUCGUGAUGGACACCCGAUGUCGGAUCGAUAAAAUUUCCUGCUUUUGGAGGCUGCUUAGCGCAAUUCGACCCGCGCUAUGCGACAUGCGAUGCGAACUUCAGGUGGUUCUUCACUCUCUGGUUCCUCACUUCACGGUCUGGACUGCGGCAUUUCGCCAACUCCACCAUCCUACUGCCAAGCGAAGCGAACAAUGUGCAUUGAUACCACAGCACACUCAUGGCGUACCGCAUCGCACGCUUUUGCUUCAAGCGCCGAGCGGGUUCAGCGUUUCGUUCAUUUCUGCAAGGCUUCUGCUGACUACACCAGGCCUUGCUCGGAGCAGCGACAUCGGAUCGGCCUCUGGUCAUCAUGAAGCCCGAAAUGAACUCAAUAAAUCAGUAAAAAUCCAACAUUGGCAUCGUUCAAUCGUUCGACUACGCGCUUCUUUCUCAAUUGCUGUCAUUAUCAAGCCUGCCCAAACGAUGCUGAGCAACCAACCUUCCGCAGGCCACACGAGGUAUCAUAAUCUGUCCACGAACGCACUGAAGUAUCGGCCUUCCCACUACCCCGAUUCCAUAUCCAGCAUCUACAUGUCUGUUCCCAAGAGCUCGAGGACGACUUGCCUUUCUCAUGAAGGCAUGUUCGUCGUAUCAUCCUGCCUCGUUACUCGCCGCGUUGCUCGUCUCAAUCUAGCGGCACAUACUAAAAAUCGAACCAUGAUUGAAGGGGCUACAAGCAUGUAGGCCUGAUACGAAUCCUCCCUGCAUGCCUGAUACGAACCCUCCCUACAUUCCUGAUACGAAUCCCCCCUACUUGCCUGAUACGAACCCUCAUUGACAAAGUUUACUGCUCAUCCUAGGUCGCCUUUGUACGUCCUCACCAACACUAGUACAAAUGACGAUCCCAAACCAUCGACCUAACACCGCGAUCUCCGAAUCGACCCGUAGCUCAAACCACACUACGAUCACUUGGCUAACGUCGGGCGCGCACGAGCAUCCCGAGCUCCUCGGUUCCGGUGAGCACCAAAAACGUCACCCACU